UAUUUGGUUUCAGUAAGCACAGAGUUCACAUAGUGUUUUUGUGUGUUGAAUGUGCUGUAAUGGGGUCUGUUCUGAAGAUUUUAGACCUGAACUCUGUGGUUCUGGCUUUAGUUCUGGGUUUGAUCUUUCUGGUUCUGUUUGAGAUCAUGAGACUUCAUGUCUCCAGAGGCCGAACUCCACCUGGACCCAGACCUCUACCAUUUCUGGGAACUUUACUAGAUUCUAUAAAGGACCCAAUGGGAUCUGCCAGAUCAAUCCAUCAGUAUGGGGAGAUGGCCACCUUGUACAUUGGAAGACAACCAGCGAUAAUCUUAAAUACACUCGAGAUCACCAAAGAAGCUCUGGUCCAGGACGCCGCAGCUUUUUCUGGAAGACCAACAUUACCUGUUAUAGACUGGAUAACCAAUGGACUCGGUAUAAUAUUGGUAAAUGGUCACUCCUGGAGGCAGCAGAGAAGAUUUGCUCUCCACACGCUCAGGAACUUUGGGCUUGGUAAGAAAACUGCAGAAGAUCGUGUUAUAGAAGAAGGCCGUUACCUGGUUGAUGAGAUGCUCAAAGAAGGAACGGCAUUUGACCCCCAACAUGUCAUACAGAAUGCAACAUCCAACAUAAUCUGUUCCACCGUGUUUGGCGAUCGAUUCGAAUACGACAACAAGCGCUUUGCAUAUCUGCUGAAAAUCCUCAAUGAGAACUUCAUGCUGACAGGGUCACCUUUAGGACAGAUAUUCAACAUGGUUCCAUUCAUCAAGCACUUUCCUGGACCGCACCAGAAGAUCCUUCAGAACGCCAAUGAGUUACUGGGUUUUAUUCGUGAGGAAGUUGAAGAACACAGACAAACUUUGGAUCCAGAAAACCCGCGAGACUUCAUUGAUGCCUAUCUGCUGGAGAUUGAGAAACAAAAGUCCCAUGAGGACUCAACAUUUCAUGAAGAGAACAUGUUAAUGUCGACCGCUGACCUUUUCUUGGCUGGAACGGACACAACGGCGACCACCAUCAGAUGGGGACUUAUCUUCUUAAUGGAAAACCCAGAAGUACAAGAGCGAUGUCAUAAAGAGAUUGUUCAGGUGUUGGGUUAUGACCGUCUGCCCAGCAUGGAUGCUCGUGACAAACUUCCAUACACAUAUGCCACCGUUCAUGAGAUUCAGCGCUGUGCUAACAUUGUACCUUUUGGUGUCGUUCAUGCAACCACACAACCGACCAAACUAAGAGGAUACGAUAUUCCAAAGGGAAUGAUUAUCGCGACAAAUUUAACAAGAAUUUUCACUGAUGAGAAGUACUGGAAGUGUCCGGACACUUUCAACCCUGAGAAUUUCUUGGAUGAGAACGGACAUUUCAAUAAACCUGAGGCGUUUAUUGCUUUCUCAGUCGGUCCGAGGGUCUGUCUUGGAGAGACCUUGGCAAAGACGGAGCUCUUCAUUUUCAUCACGUCUCUACUACAACGGAUUCAAUUUUCCUGGCCGCCGAACUCAAAGCAUCUAGACAUGGAUGGAAUUGUUGGUUUGGUGAGAUUUCCUCAUCCCUUCAAAACCAUCUGCCGUAGUAGAGAUGCAAAAGACCGUCAGUGAACCUAGAGACAGAUAAAUGAACAGCUUAAGUACAGUAAAACUCAAUAAGAUGAAUCAAGCUCACUCAAACGAGUUGUGUAUAGGGAAAGCAGUUGUCAGGUCAUUCACAGAACUGUCUACAGAAGAGAGUUUAGAGAAUUUCAGCUGAUGCUCAGAAUAUACAGAAACAUUGUUUAAAAACCUAAAGGUGAUAUUUGAACCAAGCCAUACACGUGUGUUAACUUUGUGAAUUAGAAUUUAAAAUCAUAUUAUUUUGGUCUUUUAUAUAUUGUCAUGUAUAUACAUAUAUAUUGUAUAUGUGUUGUCAAUCAGCAGUAUAGUCACAUUUGAAGAAUUAUUGAAAACUGAAACUAGUAUAUUUAGAAUGGAAUGAAAUUAUAUUCCAAUGCAGUUGUAUGUGUAUAGUCUAAAGUUUUUUUCCCUUGAGCCCCCCUAAUAUUUCCGUAUACCCUAAUAAAAAAGUUUUAAUAAGUUAAA